UCUCUCUCUCAAAACGGUUUGGGCAAAUAACAAAGCUUGCUACUGGUUAGGGUUUAUCAAUUGAAGAUAAGAUUGCUAGGGUUUUCUCUUGAUUUUUUCUCUCAUUCCUAGCUGUUUCUCUGAUCUUUUCAACCAUGUCGUCAAUGUAAGUUGUUUUCCCUUCUCUAUUCCUUCAUUCUCUCGGUUUUCUCUUUUUUCUUCACCAUCUUUUAUCAAAUUUUGUGGUCUUCUUUAAAAAACGCAGCUUUGAAUUGUAUAUGCAUAGACUCGUUUACGCUAUUGACGUUCAAUUAGGUUUUUUUUUUUUUUUUUCUUUUUAAUUUCUAGUUAUUCUUCACAGAAAUGUGUACAUUUUGAGUUGUUUCGAGAUAGACAAAUUUUCCUGUUGCUUGAGAAAAUUUAGGUUUAAGGUUAGGGUUAGGGUUUUGUAGAUAUGAUCAAAAACAUAUUGGGUAAAUUGCCUAGAAAGCCCUCAAAAUCAUCGAACAAUGACUCCAACAGUGAGUCUUUAAAUUCAUCUCAAGUGCCCAAUUCGAUAAAUUUGAAGUCGGGUUCUCGCAUGAACAAUGGGACUAUUCCCCCAACCACUAAGUCGAAUCAGGGGAAGAAAUCAGUUCCAACUGGGACUCAAGCAGGGUCUGGUGUUUACGAGGCUUUGCCGAGUUUUAGGGAUGUUUCAAGCGCGGAAAAGCAUAAUUUGUUCAUUAGGAAGUUGAAUAUGUGUUGUGUUGUAUUCGAUUUUAGUGACCCCGCAAAGAAUCUUAGAGAGAAGGACAUAAAGAGGCAAACUUUGCUUGAGCUUGUUGAAUAUAUGUCGUCUGUAACGUCAAAGUUCAAUGAGAUCGCAAUGCAAGAGAUUACGAAGAUGGUAGCUGUUAAUUUGUUUAGAACAUUUCCCUCUUCGAAUCCUGAUAAUAAGGGUUUGGAAAUGUAUGACCCGGAUGAGGAUGAGCCAACUAUGGAGCCAGCAUGGCCGCAUCUGCAGAUUGUGUAUGAAAUUCUGCUUAGAUUUGUGGCUUCACAAGAGACUGAUUCCAAGCUUGCUAAAAGAUAUAUUGACCAUUCAUUUGUGUUGAGAUUGUUAGAUUUGUUUGACUCUGAGGACCAAAGAGAGAGGGAGUAUUUGAAGACAAUUCUUCACCGGAUUUAUGGCAAGUUCAUGGUGCAUCGGCCAUUUAUCAGGAAAGCUAUCAACAAUAUCUUCUAUCGAUUUAUUUUUGAGACAGAAAAGCAUAACGGGAUUGCAGAAUUGCUCGAGAUUUUGGGAAGUAUUAUUAAUGGGUUUGCUUUACCUUUGAAGGAAGAGCACAAGCUUUUCCUUGUCCGUGCUUUGAUUCCUCUUCACAAACCCAAGUGUGUAUCGAUGUACCACCAACAACUUUCGUAUUGUAUUACACAGUUUGUGGAGAAAGAUUUUAAGCUGGCUGAUACUGUCAUUCGUGGUCUUUUGAAGUAUUGGCCCAUAACUAAUAGUUCCAAGGAGGUUAUGUUCCUUGGUGAGUUGGAGGAAGUUCUAGAAGCUACUCAGGCUGCAGAAUUUCAGCGAUGCAUGGUGCCCCUCUUCUGCCAAAUUGGUCGCUGCCUCAACAGCUCUCAUUUUCAGGUAGCAGAACGUGCAUUGUUUUUGUGGAACAACGAUCACAUAAGAAAUCUGAUCAACCUGAACCGUAAAGUGAUACUGCCUAUAAUCUUUCCAGCUUUGGAGAGAAACACACGGGGUCACUGGAAUCAAGCUGUUCAGAGUUUGACACUGAAUGUCAGGAAGAUAUUUUCUGAUGCUGAUCAAGCACUCUUUGAUGAAUGCUUGGCCAGAUUCCAAGAGCAUGAAGACAAGGAGAAAGAGAUAAUGCAGAAGCGAGAGUCAACCUGGAAACGCUUGGAAGAUGUGGCUGCCUCCAAGGUCGUAAGUAAUGAGGCUGUGCUUGUCUCAAAGUUCUCUUCUGUUGCCAUUUCCACCAACACAAGUCCACGGGCUACUGCCGGUAGUUGAGAGCUGCAUCACAUUAGAAGAGUCUAUUCUCCUUAGCCAAGGUGAGCCGUAAAGGGAGUGUGCAAAUUGGUGCUUUAUAGGGAUUGUUUGGUCUCACUUCUGUUGGGUCCUUAUUUUGUGACUCUGCCAGCUAAAUGUUUUAAGCCGAAGAUGGGGUGUGUGGAUAUCGAGGUCACUCCUUUUUUUGGGUUCUCGGCUCAUUCCUUAUUUGUUUUCUUUUCCCUGUUCCUCUUCCUGUCAUGGAGGUGUGUGUAUCAUAAGGGAUUUGGUUAUACUUGUAGUUUUUCUUUGGAUUUCUUACCUGAUAAUAUUUAUUCUGUGCAAUUAUGCAAAGAGAUUCUUAUUUUU